UUAGUAAAACAAGAUGAGGAUUCGGCCAAAGGAAUAUGUUAAGGUAUUAUGUUUAGAUUUAAAAGCUUCUUUUCUUUGUUGCCCACAGGAUGAUUUUUUCAGCUGCUUUUCACUGCCGAAGAAGAACAUAUUUUCACAACCUGCCAGUAACUACGAUAAGGAAAAAAAGUCUAAUCAAGUGAAAGUGCAUCCCUUUCGGGUAUCCAGUGUCCCAAGCCUUCCCACAGUUCCUUUAGAUUUCGACGACUUCUUUUCUCAAAGCUCUCAAAAAGAUAUUAUAUCAACACAAGCUUUCAAAGAAAACUCCAGCAAAUUUGGGCAAUCAAAAGUUCCGGAUACAGUCACCCAAAAACCAAAAUUCCCUGCCAAGUUAACAAAUGUUAGUCAACCAACAAAUAAGCUCUUUCACUCACCUCCAAGAGCUGAGUUAGAGGGUAUUGAAGAUGAUCAUGAACAACAUAUGUAUCCUGACGACUCUCCUGAGCUUUUUCCAUCUUAUCAAUCCACUGCUACACAAGAUCUUUGGCCAAAGGAUGGGGAUGAACAUGAGCGAGGUAAAAUAUGUCCAACAUUGAUAUCAAAAAUACAUGCAUCAACAUGCGCAUUCAAACUUGAAUAUAUUCAAGGAGUUGCUGACAGUGAUUCUAGAAAUGAGAAAUCAUCUCAUCAUUCUCACUAUGAGAACUCAUUCAGUACACCAAAUCCUCUUUUGAUUCCAGCACGAACACCACGCUUUGCUAAUGAGGAUGGAAGAGAAAAACUGCGUUCAACAUCCGAAAUACCUGAACAAUUCCGUUCUGUUUUUAGCCAAUUCCCUUAUUUCAAUAUCGUUCAGUCAAGGGUAUUUGAUGAGGUACUAUAUACAGAUAAACCUCUUGUUGUGUGCGCACCGACUGGAGCAGGCAAGACCGUUAUAUUUGAACUUGCAAUAGUUCGUCUUCUGAUGACAGCGGGUGCUUCUUUGCACAAGACCAAGAUAGUAUACAUGGCCCCGAUGAAAGCCUUAUGCAGUGAAAGACAUCAAGAUUGGUCAGCUAAGUUUGGUCAUUUGGGAUUAAAGUGCAGAGAGGUUACUGGCGAUAGUGAGCUGGACGACUAUUAUGAACUGAAAGACACGCAUAUUGUUACUACUACACCGGAAAAGUGGGACAGCAUGACAAGGAAAUGGAAGGAUAACAGGUCGUUAGUUCAAGGUGUUCGACUGUUCUUAAUUGACGAGGUUCAUAUUUUGAAUGACGGAGAUCGAGGUGCAACAGUAGAGGCUGUAAUAAGUCGUAUGAAAACAGUUCACACUGCGCUGAGUCGUGGCAAAAAGGAAUCCAUGUCGAAAGACAAUAUGCGAUUGAUAGCGAUAUCCGCCACCAUUCCUAACGUGGAGGAUAUCGCUUUAUGGAUUGGAGGUUUAGAUAGCCCUGCCUCGAGUUACAGCAUGGAUGAUUCCUAUCGUCCUGUGAAGCUACGUAAAGUCGUCCUUGGAUUUCCCCAGCAUUCUAAUAUGUCAGAAUUUAAGUUUGAUUUAUCAUUAAACUACAAGUUGAGUGGUGUUAUCAAUACCUACUCUGAUGGUAAACCAACACUAGUGUUUUGCUCGACAAGAAAAAGCACCCAGCAAGCUGCCAACACACUUAUCAAGGAAUCUCGAUUUGUUAUUAAUUCGCAACACCGUCAAAGGCUUCAACAGGUUGCCAAUUCAUUGCACGAUUCAAAACUAAGAGACCUUGUCAUUUGUGGGGUUGGCUAUCACCAUGCUGGACUCGAUAGUACCGAUCGGAAAAGUAUUGAGAACAUAUUUCUGAAUGGAGAACUUCCAGUGCUAUUUGCUACAAGUACUCUUGCUAUUGGGGUGAAUCUACCGGCUCAUCUCGUUAUCAUCAAAUCAACACACUGUUAUCAGUUAGGAAUGUUCACAGAAUAUUCAGAAACACAAGUAUUACAGAUGAUUGGAAGAGCUGGUCGACCUCAGUUCGAUACUUCUGCAACAGCGGUAAUCUUGACUACAACAGCCAACAAAGAAAAAUACAACGCUCUAAUCCAGGGAACACAAAAUAUCGAGAGCAGUUUGCAUCACCACCUUAUAGAGCAUUUGAACGCAGAAAUAGUCCUUCACACAAUUACAGACGUCUCUAUUGCACUAGAGUGGUUGAAAUCCACGUUCUUAUACAUCAGGAUACAGAAAAAUCCAACUCAUUAUGGAAUCCCAUCUGGUUUAAGUGCGAAUGCUCUUGAGCAGCGACUUCAAGAUAUGUGCAUCAGAAAUCUGAAUACCCUUGAAAAGGCAACACUUACUAAAAUGGACGACGGAUUCGAUUUGAAACCUGCAGAACCUGGUCAAUUGAUGGCUCGUUACUGCAUCGCUUACGAUACAAUGAAGCAGUUUCUCAAUGUUGAAGGAUCGGAAAGCUUAGCAGAUAUGGUUACGCUUAUUUCCAAAUGCAAAGAAUUUUCUGAUGUGAAGCUGCGAGUCAGCGAAAAGAGAAUACUCAAUGGUCUCAAUAAAGACAAGAAUAAACCAACAAUAAGGUUUCCAGUGAAUGGGAAAAUUAAAAGUACUGAUCAAAAAGUAAGCUGUCUAAUUCAAGGAACCUUGGGAUGCCUUGCGAUAACGGACUUUUCCUUAAAUCAGGAUGUAACGAAAAUAUUUCGUUCAGGUCAACGAGUUACACGCUGUUUGGUUGAGAUGUCGAUGCUAAGAAACGAUUACAAGGCACUUCUAAAUGCAAUUCUUAUCGCAAAAUGCAUGAAAUCAAGACUUUGGGAAAACUCUAAACACGUUUCAAAGCAGAUAGAUAAAGUUGGAACAACGCUGUCAACUAUGAUGGUGAAUGCAGGUCUGACCUCCUUUAAGAAGAUUGAAGAGACCAACCCUCGUGAGAUAGAGCUGAUUGUCAAUCGACACCCACCAUUCGGAAGCCAGAUACGUGAAGCAGUUUUAUCACUUCCCAAGUUUGAAGUAUCUGUGGAACAGAAAGGACGCUACACAGCUAAAGCUUCCGAGAUAAGUGUAACCGUUACAAUGACAAACUGGAUCAAACGUCAGCCGGCUCCGACUCCACGACGUACGCAGCAUUUUUGCAUAUUACUUAUCGGUGACGCAGAUAACAAAGUAGUUUACAGACAGAGACUUGGCGAUGCUGUAUUUUCCAAGGAUGGUGUGUGGAGUAAGACGGUUGAUGUUCGACGCGCUAGUACGUCUCCCGAGCUAGAUAUCAAUUUAGUUAGUCAAGAGUACGUUGGCCUUGAUGUUUCAACCACCUUUACACCGUACUAUAGUGGAGCGUACUUUAAGUCUGAAGUGUCAAGCAGUCCUAUUACAACUAAUGCUACUGCAGCGAACCAAGCAAAGCCGUCCAUAACAACCCUAACCAGUCAAGCCUGUAAUCAUCGAUGCAUCAACAAAGACAUAUGCGGUCACGAAUGCUGUAAGUUUGGAGUUGGAGCAACUACACUUACAAAGAGGAAACGUGAGGAGAAUCGUUCAGCUGAACGAUCCACGGAUAGGAAUACAUCUAAUGUUACACAGCGGAAUAAUGGAAGACAACAUGGAAGAAUAAGUGACAACAUGGGAGGCUUUCUAAAUCACUUGCAUGAGAGGACGUUUGCAAUUCCUAAAACACCAGCACAAAAAAGACUAAAGGUACCGAUAAGUACAACUCCAGUAAGUACCAAUCCUGUUGAGAAUUUCUCAUCGUCCUUACAAGGGUACUCGUACGUAAGCAAGCCUUCGUUGCAAUGGAAGAGCACAAGCAUAGAAAAUAAUCCUAAAGUUGUAAUGGAGACACCGAAUAAGAAGCCAAGACAAGAGUGGGAUGAAAUCGAUUUGCAUCAAACACGGCAACUUCACAUUGUUGAUGAAGAAUCUGACGACUGCUUUCAAGGUGGCGAAGACUUCUUCACCGAUGAUUUCGAGACUGAUGAUGAAAUCGACGACCUACAAUCUUUGUAUGACAUCGGCAUGUCUGAUAAGUGUGACUUACAAACGUCCUCUUUUCAGAAUCGAUCUACAGGUAGCAUCUUUAACAACGGGAAAAACAAACAGACGAUUUCACAAGCCCAGAUUACAACACUCACAAACCACAGUAACCAAAGAAGUCUACUUCCUGACGACGAGAAUGGUGGAAUUAGAGGAGACAGAAAUGUAGAAUAUGUAGCACAUCCUCAAUUACCUCGAGCAUCUGGUAGCAAGAAAUAUCUUGAAGGCAAUAAAUGUGUGAAGAAUACACAAAAUGCAUCAAAGGAGGAUGGCAGAUUGGAUGUACAAACUGACAUUCCUCGAAAAUUAUCUUGUGGUACCAAGUCCCCAAUCAGAAGUCGCAGAAUGCAAAGUCAUAGGGCUGAGGAAACACACCCAAUAGUUAUUGAGGAUAGUGCAGAAGAUGCGUAUUUAGAAUACUUAGAUGAUGACAUAUGGACAGAUGAUGGUGGACAAUACUAUAGUGCUCUACCAGAUGAAGUAUACAGACCACACCCGUAUAAUAAGAAUGCCCAAUCUUCACGACUCACAAAUGAUCACUUAUCAAAGCCUCAGCAGCUAAAACAGUCUCGACUAUUAUCCGGAGCUAAAGGAUUGAAAGAGUACAGGACUGUACUACAGCCAAAGAUUGAUCUUGCAGAUCAGUCUGAGCCUGAUCAUAAAAUACUAAUCGAAGAGAGCCGAAAUAACCCGUGUCAAACAAUUGAUCAAAGUCAAAGCAACUACAAGGGACGAAUGAGUGUACCAGACUUCUUUUCUCCACUAGCAAAUAAAAGUCCACAGGUUGAAGACGAUGGCGAUGCAUUCAGUGAUAUAUUCCAAGGCAUCUUUCUCUAAUUCUGCCCUUAAAACAACUAUGGUCAUGCAAUUAUCAAAUGCAGUGAGUCAAUGUGAUCUUUCGGGUAUCCUUAAUUGUUCUACUUGACAAUGUCCUCCUAUUAUGCAAUCGUGUUACCUGUAAUAUUAAAAAGCAUAUUUCAAAGUAAUCUCUUAAGAAUUUGAUUGUAUUAAAAAUCAACAACCAGAGAAGCUUUAUAUCCAACUUGUGUUUGUCUCAU